CCACUCCACCUGGAAAUUUGAGUAACUGAUCAGGCGCCCUUCUUCAACCACCACAACGUCGCCAAGAUGGCGUGGUCAAAGACGACGCGCAUCCAAGUGAUGCUGGCGAUCGAUGUCAUGUUCUUCCUCCUGGAACUGUCCGUCGGUCUCGCUGUCGGAUCACUUGCACUCUUGGCGGAUUCAUUUCACAUGUUAAACGAUAUCAUUUCCCUACUUGUCGGAUUGUGGGCCCUUUCUUUGACCAAGCGGGCGACAACAGAUCAGUUCUCCUACGGUUGGUUACGCGCGGAAAUUCUCGGUGCCUUCUUCAACGCGGUAUUCCUGAUUGCGCUUUGCGUGUCCAUCGUUCUUGAAGCCCUCGGCCGAUUCAUCAACCCUCCCACGAUCGACAACCCGAAACUGAUUCUGAUUGUUGGGUCACUUGGCCUUGCCUCGAACCUCGUUGGCUUCGUCGUUCUCGGCGGACACGGCCACUCCCAUGGGCCUGGCGGACACGACCACGGCCACGACGAACAUGGGCAUGACCAUGCGGACGCCCACGAGCACGACCAUGGAUAUGAGCACAGCGCGGUCGCCGAGGAAGGACGCGCGGGGGUAGCGAGCGAUGCGCAUAAUCACCAGACGGGUAGAACCCGGAAGUCGAGCAACGCCAGACACGCUCGCUUCACGAGCAUCGAAGACAUGCAAAUUUAUCCAGCUAGCUUCAGGCAAGAGAUCAUUGAGGCGAGCAGGUCCCAGCCGGAGGAGGAGGAGUCCAGCAGUGAGAAUAGCUCUGACAACGAAAACGGCGGACAUGAUAACACCAACACCGAAAACACCCCGUUGAUUGGAGGAUCGAAUGGACACAAUCACCAACAUUAUGGCGCACACUCAUUUUCGUCAAAGAAGGGACGACGGAACUCGAACGUUCAUCGCGAGCACAACCACACCAAGCCGAAGAAGGCAAGCAAGGGCGGACACGGACACAGCCAUGCUGAUAUGGGCAUGAAUGCAAUGGUUCUUCACGUCAUUGGAGAUGCGUUGGGUAACGUCGGUGUCAUAGCCACGGCCCUGAUUAUCUGGCUCACUAACUGGCCGGGGCGCUUCUAUGCUGACCCUGCCGUCUCGCUCUUCAUCACCGUCAUCAUCCUCCGCUCAGCCAUCCCACUCACUCUUGCGGCUUCCAAGAUCCUGCUCCAGGCGACGCCCGAGCACAUCGACCUCAAGCAAAUACGGGAAGAUAUCCAAGAUCUGGAGGGUGUAGUCAGUUGCCACCACGUCCACGUCUGGCAGCUUGACGACACGAGCCUCGUUGCCUCGCUGCACAUCCAGGUGGACUUCCCAAUUUCCGCGGCCGGCGGUGACAAGUGGAUGGAGCUCUCCAGGCAGGUCCGGCAGUGUCUGCACGAAUAUGGAAUCCACAGCGCUACGAUCCAGCCCGAGUUUUGCCUCGACACGACACACAACCACACCGAGGAGGCCGCGACUUCGCCCCGCCCGGACGACUCGUCGUCUUCGCUUCCUGGAUGCGGCAAGGCGGAUGGGAAGUGCUUGCUUGCCUGCGUGGAGGAUUGCUCGGGCCGGGGCUGCUGUGUCGUGCCGGGCGUGUCGAGGCCGGAGAGCACCCAUUCUCAUGACGGGGAUGGCCAUCAUCACCACUAGGCCCGGCUGGAAUGGUUGUUUCAUGAUUAAUCGAUAAGCAGUCGAAAAUUUAUGAGUUUAGUUCUUGAAGAAAUGGCCCAAGUGAUUCGUUAUUCUGAUUGUUUUUUGAAACCGGACCCAUGGAGUGGACAUGAGAAUUCUAUCCGAAUCAUCAUUUCUGGCCGAUAUGUCUGCGUUUCGGCAUGCUGCAUUACAAAGGGAUAGGGGUUUGUCUUAAAAGCGUUACACGGAGCAGCGGAAUAGGUGUUAUGGUUACACUUGGGUUUGAGGGAGGGAAUAUGAAUAAACGUCAUUACGUACAAAGCGAGUGAGGGAUACACAAAAUAUUUUAAAGGUUAUGGCAUCUAUUUACUGUAUACGAGGUCUUUCAGCGCCGAUAUGUCCUUUGAGCAUAUACAGCAUCAGGCAUGAAGUAGACAGCAAUUUGGUCUUUCUGUGGCCUUUUAA